UAUUAAAUGAAUCAGCCGAAUAAAGAAUAAGAAUAUGAAAAAGUUCUUGAAUUACUAGAUCAUUUUAUAAAAAAAUAUUCAAAUUUAGGUCGAAAUGCAAUUGAAACUUCGAUUGUCAGUUUACUGAAAAACAAUGUUAGUGGUUUAUUUUUUGUUGGAUUUUACGAAGUUAUUGAUGGUAAAAUAGAAGAUUCUAUAUUAGAUAAAUAUUUAGAAGUAGGUCCAUAUUAAAGUACAAUAUUGGCAACACCAAGAAUUGAGAAAGGGAAAGGAUAAUGUGGUUAAUGUUGGUCAGAGGGAAAAGUAUAAAUCUAAGAGGAUGUGAAAGUUUGUUAGAAUUACAUAGCUUGUGAUAAUGAAACAUAGAGUGAAAUAGUAAUUCCAGUAAUAAAGAAUGGAGUUGUAUAGAGUGUUUUAGAUAUUGACUCAGAACAUUUGUCACGAUUUAAUGAAGUGGAUUCUAACUAUUUAUAAAGGAUUGUUGAGUAUUUAAUUUGAUAAAAUAUU